AAUUGCACUUUGGUCACAGGAUGCACAAUCCCUUCACUUGGUCGACCGCUACCUGUCCUACUGUUCAAACCCAGCAGAUACUACCUUCCCCUGCUUAUCCCUAUCCCCCGACUUCUAGACAUGGCCAAACAUAUUAUGCAUUUAUGGCCGUUGAUUCCCCGAAUAGUGGUAUUGGGGGACAGCGGUGUUGGGAAAACAGCACUGAUAAACCAACUAUGCCACCAACAAUUUGUGCAGACGCACAACCCUACCAUUGAAGGAUCAAGAACUCGGGCACAAAUUUUCAUUGAUGAUCAAUCAUAUCCAGUAGAAGUUCUCGACACAGCCGGCACUCUCGACUUGGAGUGCCAUAGAAACCUAAAAGAUGGCAGGAUCCAAAAAAACGAUGGCAUAGUUCUGGUGUACGACGUUACGUCGCGGAAAUCUUUCGAUAGGAUUGAGUAUCUGUUCCGACGGGUUCUGGAGAUAAAGAGCUGGGGGACUUCGGACUCUGUGGUCUCGACCGAAACAAGACUGCCCAUUAUGAUUGUGGGUAAUAAGAGCGACAAGGUGGCUAGUAGAAUUGUAUCCCCCAAAGAGGGAGCUGCGCUUGCAAGGAAGCUUGACUGCAUGUUCGUUGACACGUCGGCAAAGGAGGACCAAGAUGUUCUAGAUUCUUUCUAUAGAGUGGUCAAAGUAUUGGUCGGGUCAGAAUCUCCUAGAGGCUAUACCUGGACGUCAUUGCUAGGCGGAGGCAGUGGCGAUGGCUGCUGCAUCAUCAUGUAACCAUAGGAUGUGGAGUAUUUUUAUGUAUACUGCCCGAGCAUAAACUGUUUGGGAGCCUGACUGUCAUAAGGCUAUCUAAACCGUGUG